AUAUUAACCACAGUUAGUCACUCUGGCACAGUCGUGUGUUUUGAGUAAGUACACAAAAUGUUGCUCUUGCUAAGCAUUUUAUUUGCAUCAUUAGCGCUUUAUUGGUUCGGAAAUAAAAAAUUUAAUUAUUGGAAAGAAAAAGGAAUAAAACAUGACCCUCCAUUGCCAUUUGUCGGAAAUAAUCUGAAACAAUUCAUGCAGAAAGCAAGCAUUGCAAUGACCGCUAACGAUGUAUACAAUAGAUAUCCAGAAGAGAAAGUUGUAGGAUUUUAUCGAGCAUCAGCACCAGAGUUGGUAAUCAGAGAUCCAGAAAUUGCAAAACGAAUUAUAAUGUCAGACUUCAAUUAUUUUACUGCUAGAGGCUUGAAUCCGCAUAGAACAGUGGUGGAACCAUUGUUAAGAAAUCUUUUCAUUGGUGAAGGUGACUUAUGGCGUCUGUUGAGACAAAAUCUUACUCCGUUAUUCAGUACUGGUAAACUAAAAGCUAUGUUUCCACUUAUAAUAGCUCGAGCUGAGAGACUCCAAGCUCUUGCUGACGAAAUAACAGGACAAGAUUUUUAUGAUGCUCGAGAACUAAUGGCAAGGUACACAAUCGAUUUUAUUGGAGAAUGUGGUUUUGGAAUAAGUAUGGAUACGUUAACUGAAGAAAACAACCAGUUUAGACGACUUGGAAGGCGAAUCUUUGAGAGAAAUCUCAGAGAUAAUAUUUAUUUUGCAAUCAAAUUUAUAUUCCCAGAACUUGCAAAAAAUAUGAAAUUGUUAGCCCCAGAACUAGAAAAGGGAGUAUUGACUUUAGUUCAGACAGUUAUACAAGAAAAAAAAGGAAAACCAUCUGGUAGGUGUGAUUUUAUUGAUUUAAUGUUGGAAAUAAGAGAAAAAGGAAAUAUAAUUGGAGAGUCUCUAGAUAAGAAAAAUCCAGAUGGCACACCUAAAAUAGUAGAAAUAGAAUUAGAUGACAUUUUAAUGGCUGCUCAAGUUUUUACAUUUUUUGCUGCUGGCUUUGAAACAUCUUCAACCGCGUCCAGUUAUGUUUUACAUCAAUUGGCUUUUAACCCAGAUUGGCAAGUAAAACUACAAGACGAAAUAGACAAGGUUCUAGUAAAUCACAAUAACAAACUAUCCUACGAAGCUAUUAAGGAAAUGAAAUAUUUAGAAAUGGCAUUUUAUGAAGGUAGUAGAAUGUAUCCCUCCGUUGCAUAUUUAGUCAGAAUGUGUACUGUACCAGAGUAUACAUUCCCUGAAUUAAAUUUAACAAUUAAUGACGGAGUAAAAGUUUUUAUUCCUGUUGCUGCCUAUCACAAUGAUGAAAAAUACUUUAGUAAUCCCGAGGUAUUUAAUCCAGAAAGAUUCCGAUACGGUAUUAAGGAAGACGUUAAAAAAGGUAUAUAUAUGCCUUUUGGCGACGGACCGAGAUCUUGUAUUGGUACAAGACUUGGAAUGAUGCAGGCGAUGGCUGGAUUAGCAGCGGUGUUGCAGAAGUUUACCGUGGAGCCUGCAGCAUGCAGCAAGCGGAUACCUGAUCCAGAUCCAGCCGGGAUUAUAACGGAAGGUUUUCUAUCUGGACUGCCUCUUAAGUUUAAGAAGCGUGUGAAGUCUCAAAGUUAGUUUCCUAUACCGUGACGCGUCACAGCUCAGUCAUUCGCUCAGCAGAAGCACUACGUUAGUGCCUAGUGCCCAUUUAAAUUGAUAUUGUCAAUAUGUGUCGUAGUGAUGCAAAAUAUUUCACUAAGUAAAUCGUUAUUAAUAGUGUAAUAUUUUUUGUUUUGAUAUAUUUGAUAUAGGUACUUUAGUAUAAGUGUAUACGAAUGUUAUAAUCAGCCGAGUUUGAUAUCAUACAUAAUUUAUUUUAAUAAAGAUUUCCUUAGUGAUGUAAUAUAACAAUAGUAUAUAGAUAAAAGCUUUUGAACUAUUUAAUAUUAAUUUCAAAAUAAAUACAUCGAUUAUUAAACAUAGAAAGUGAAAGUAGGCCAAAAUAACGUCAAUAUUUAAAUAUGUAUUUGUACCUAAAUCUAUAUUUUUGAACAUAAAGUUUUAGAGUAUGCUUUUCUUAAUCCUAUUUUAUUUAAAAAAUAGAUUGCACGACCUUCGUCGACAACUAACAAUUAUUUUGAAGAUCGUUUUCUUAAUAAUAUAGGUAGGUUAAAAAUACAAUUUCGAUGAGCGGGUGUAGGUUAUCAUUGUUAAUGUAUCCUAUAAGAUUAUGUUCAAAAGUAUACUUAUUUUUUGACACGAAUGGAAUAUGAAAUUCGUAGUGACAUAAUAUCUUGCGAAUGUCAAAGAAAUGUUAUUGUGAUCAUCUGGGAGUUCAAGUCACAAAUUGUUACUUGAAAUAGGUAUAGUUAGAAUUCACAAAAUGUUAAACUUCUUAUAUGUUUUUAUAUAUUUUUUAAAUUAUUCAGGACUUUGAAAGUCUUAAAAUGUAUUUGUUCACGAAGCACUGUGGUUUAAAAUAAAAAUAAUUUUUUGGAUGAAAAGCGAAAGAAA